AAACAAAAAUUCUGCUCUAUCUCUUAUCACCCCUCUGUGCUGGCGGCGCCUCCACUCUCAUUUCCCUCCCAACCAAACUGAGAAAAGACAAAUUCACAACCAACACACUGUCCAUAUAAACCCAAACUCUUCCUCUGUAAUUCUCUCUACCUUCUCUCCUUCCAUGGCUUCCUCCAUCUUAAUUUCCUCCAAGUUCUCUCCCUUUCAUUUUCCCUCUCCCAAAUCCUCCCUUUUCCUCCCUUCUCCCACUUCCCUCCACUUCCUUUCUUCCAACCCACCCUGUUUCCCUUCUUUUCCUUCCAAAUCAUUACCCAAGGCCAAGUCUCUUCUCAUUUCCUCUUCUUUAGCCCCUACUCCCCCCACUCCCCUCCGCCGUCCUCUUUACAUUCCCAACCAUAUUCCAGACCCCAACUACGUGCGCAUCUUCGACACCACUCUCCGCGAUGGCGAACAAUCUCCUGGCGCCACCUUGACUUCCAAGGAGAAGCUUGAUAUUGCACGUCAGCUAGCCAAGCUUGGCGUCGAUAUAAUAGAAGCUGGGUUUCCCGCUGCUUCCAAAGACGAUUUUGAAGCUGUUACGGCCAUUGCUAAAGAGGUUGGAAAUGCGGAGGAUGAGAAUGGGUAUGUGCCUGUCAUUUGUGGACUCUCUAGGUGUAAUGAGAACGAUAUUAAGGCCGCUUGGGAGGCGGUUAAGUACGCCAAACGGCCCAGGAUUCAUACAUUUAUCGCUACCAGUGGUAUCCAUUUGGAGUAUAAGUUAAGGAAGAGUAAAGAGGAGGUUUUGGAUAUCGCUAGAAGUAUGGUUCGGUUUGCAAGGAGUUUGGGUUGUAAUGAUGUCGAGUUUAGCCCCGAAGACGCCGGCAGAUCUGACAGAGAGUUUUUAUAUGAGAUUUUGGGUGAAGUGAUCAAGGCUGGAGCGACAACUCUCAACAUACCUGAUACUGUUGGCAUAACUAUGCCUAGCGAGUUUGGCCAAUUAAUUGCUGAUAUAAAGGCCAAUACCCCUGGAAUUGAGAAUGUUAUUAUUUCAACACACUGCCAAAACGAUCUUGGGCUUUCUACUGCCAACACGCUAGCGGGAGCUUUUGCAGGUGCAAGGCAGGUGGAAGUAACAAUCAAUGGCAUUGGAGAGAGAGCUGGAAAUGCUUCAUUGGAGGAGGUUGUGAUGGCAAUAAAAUGUCGUGGCGAGCAUGUAUUAGGAGGUCUUUAUACUGGAAUCAAUACUCAACACAUUGUGAUGUCAAGCAAAAUGGUAGAGGACUACACGGGGUUACACAUACAACCUCAUAAGGCUAUUGUCGGAGCCAAUGCUUUUGCUCAUGAAAGUGGUAUCCACCAGGAUGGAAUGCUUAAGCACAAAGGUACUUAUGAAAUUAUUUCGCCUGAAGAUAUCGGGCUUGAACGGUCUAAUGAAGCUGGUAUUGUCCUAGGAAAACUUAGUGGACGGCAUGCUUUAAAAGACCGAUUGAAAGAGCUUGGUUAUGAGCUUGACGAUGAACAGCUUGGCAACAUAUUCUGGCGCUUCAAAGCAGUAGCUGAACAAAAGAAGAGAGUCACUGAUGCUGAUCUAAUAGCCUUGGUUUCGGAUGAAGUUUUUCAACCUGAAGUUGUUUGGAAGCUUCAUGAUCUGCAGGUUACUUGUGGAACUCUUGGCCUUUCUACUGCCACAGUUAAACUCAUUGGUGCUGAUGGCGAGGAGCAUGUUGCAUGCUCAGUUGGAACUGGGCCAGUAGAUUCAGCUUAUAAAGCUAUUGAUCUCAUUACAAAGGAACCAGUCACACUUCUUGAGUACUCCAUGAAUGCCGUUACAGAAGGCAUUGAUGCUAUAGCCACCACCCGCGUUCUAAUUCGUGCUGAGAAAAGCCGCAUAUCAACUAAUAUUUUGACCGGUGAAAUUGUUCAGCGAACAUUCAGUGGAACUGGGGCAGGAAUGGAUAUCGUUGUUUCCAGUGUCAAGGCUUAUAUUGGUGCAUUAAAUAAGAUGUUGGGUUUAAAGGAACAAUAUCAGACAAAAGCUUCGAUAGAACGAACUCCGGUUUCUGCUUAAAUGGUAUCGAUCCCGUACAUGCAUGCAUCAUGUCAGUUUUGUAAAUACAUGUGCUCUCCUUUUAGUGACAAUGCUUUGAAAGGUACUUGUGUAUACAAGUUUCAUAAGCAGAUAUGUUUGUUUUUUUUGCUACAUCAUAGACAGAAAUGUUAAGUAAAGACAAUGUUGGUUUUUUGUUAUUUCUUGUGAAUUUGUAGUAAGAAAUUGUCAAAACUUAGUGAAGCGUCAGUUGUUAUAUUAAAGACAAACAAGUUUCUUUGGACCUAGGUUUCUUGAUCAUGGAAUAAGAAACUCAAUUGUAAAUCAAAAA